AUGAUGUUAAAUUUUAUAGGAAAAUAUUGCAUUAAAGCAUUAAAGACAAAUAUUAGCAGCGUAAUUUCCAGAAGAUUUACGUCUACUUUGGAUUCUGGAAAACCUUCUACUCCAGAAAUAAAUGAAAAUGAAUUAGAACAAACUAAAGAUGUUAAACAAAAAAAAUCCGUACCCUACUUACGAUUAAAAGAGGUAAAAUCCUCGACUUUUACAAAAUUUUCAAAGCCUGCAGUGAUCAUUAAUUUCAAAACAUUUGAAUUCUUUAAACAAGCCAAAAAAACAAAAGAACCCAUCACAACUUAUCGUUUACAAACUGUGGUAUCUAAGAAGAAAGUUAGCAAACUAGCUGUA